AAACAAAGUAGUGGGAGAACUAACUAAAAAAGUCUAAAACCCUGAAAAACCCCAAAAGCAUCAAUGGCGGACUGCUUCCCAUGAAAUGGAAUCUGUUGGUUGCGUCGUCUUCUAUUUCCCUCUUUACAGAUCCAAAUAAUGACGAUGUUCGCCGCGAGAAGCCUUCGAAGACAAUCCCUCAAGGCCCUCUCUUCUCUCUGUCUCCUCAAUCCCUCCACCAAGAAUGCUAUGGUUGUUAGAAAUGCUUGGCCGAAAUUGGGGGCGGCCGGCGUUGUUGUUGAAGACAGCAUUUCGGGGAAAGAUUUAGUAUUUGCGUCAUCGGAGAGGUGGAAUGGGUUAAACGGGGUUCGUGGAUUCUCAGGCAAGAGUAUGAGGAGCAGAGUGGAGCACCGGAUGAGGCACGAAUCCGGCAAAACUUUGAGAGAAACUAGGAGGGCCAAGAAAUUGAAAAAGACGCUGAUGACUACCGAGGAACGCCUCGUCUACGAUCUUAGAAGAGUACGUUAAUUCUGCUAUGUUGUGACUCGACUAGUCUAAUUUUGCAUAUGUAUAUUCAAACUUCGGUUUAGUUCUUAACUUACUUAUCUACACAUCAAUCCGAAGAGAGUCGUUUACACUCAGUGAGUAGGAAUUGUGGUCCUGUUUCCCAGUACCUUGAGUCGGGGAGCCCCCCCUUGGGACUAUAUGAAUGACUCGUACGACAUCCUAGGAACCUGAAUUUCUAUAUGAAAUGUGGCUUUGACCUAACAGGUUACCCAAUCUAAUGAGAAAAGGUUCGAAAGGCGCCGAUGAAUUCUGAUUUUCUGCUUCUCGGAGGCACUGCAUUAGUAAAAAGAUGAUUGCUUUUCCCGUUUGCCUUGGUUGUUUCUUGUUGCGGGCCUUGUAUUGUGUUUGUGGAUUUUUAUGCUUUUGAUUAAAGUUGAAUAUAUUGACAUUUCAUAUAUCUGUGUGCUGGUCAUUUGAGCUUAAGAAUAGGGUUUUGAUUCAACUGGAAGAUAAGAGGAUGCAAAGGAAUCACUAUAAUGUAUUAGAUAUGAAGUUGACAUUGAAUAAAACUUGGAUAAGAGUAUAGAGGAUAAAUACAUCAAUUUUUUACUUCCUGAAGACCUAACAGAUCUUAUUCAUUGAUGAAAUUGCUUUGGAACUCUGUCCUUUCUUUUGGUGCUAUUUACUUUCUUAUUUUCCUUCUGAAAAUGUGCAUGUCAUUUUUCAGCAAUUUCCUGGUCGCGUGUUGCCACUUUGGUGAUGAUUAGCUGGCUUAGCAUUUAUCAUUCCCAAACAGCAGAUUUUGAUCUAUAGGCUGAUUUUCUCUUUUAAUUAUUCUUUCUCUUCUAGAAAGGAUGUUAGUUAAUUUGUUUUCUAUCUGCUUUGGACUAGCACAGGCCAAGAAAAAAGUCGCAUUACUUCUACAGAAGCUAAAAAAAUACGAGCUUCCUGAGCUACCAUCUCCAAAGCAUGACCCUGAGCUGCUAACUCCUGAGCAACUGCAGGCUUAUAAGAAGAUUGGCUACAAAAAUAGAAAUUAUGUCCCUGUUGGUGUUCGUGGGGUCUUUGGAGGAGUUGUACAAAAUAUGCACCUCCAUUGGAAGUUCCAUGAAACAGUACAAGUUUGUUGUGAUAACUUCCCCAAGGAAAAAAUCAGGGAAAUGGCAAGCAUGCUGGCAAGAUUGAGUGGUGGUAUAGUGGUCAAUAUACAUGAUGUGAAAACCAUCAUAAUGUUUCGUGGCAGAAAUUAUCGACAGCCAAAGAAUUUGAUACCGAUCAAUACUCUCACAAAACGGAAGGCGUUAUUCAAAGCUCGAUUUGAGCAAGCACUUGAAUCUCAGAAAUUAAAUAUAAAGAAAAAAGAGCAGGAGCUCCGUAGGAUGGGAAUAAGUCCUGAUGAUCCUGUGGCAAUGGCUAGCAUUCGAAAAACAGCUUCUAUUUUCUUCAAUGCAAUUGACCAGAGAGAAGGUAGCCCUUAUGCCCCCCGGAAGGACAAAGAGGCCGAGCUUGAAUCAAGUACUGGGCUAGAACAAACAAAUCCUGCUGAAGACAGUGACCAGGAGGACCUCGACAAAUUUAUUGCUGAGAUAGAAGAUGCAGCAGAUAAGGAAUGGGCUGCAGAGGAAGCAGCAGAGAAAGAAGAGUUUGGAAGACUCAGGUACUGGAACCGGGAACAGUUAGGUGAUAGAUUCAGAAGAUCUGAACAGAUUGGGGAUGAAGAUGAAGAAUCUGAUGAUAACAUCAGCAGAAGGUCAAGGAAAUGGAAUAAUGCAAAACACAGAAGACAUAGGAUGAAUGCUUCUGAAGAUGAAGAUGGGGAUGGUACUGAGGAUAAUGAAGUUUGGGAUUCCAAUGAUAAUGGUGCAAGUGAGCAUGAGACUGAUGUUGAUGAGUUCAAGUUCAGUACGGUUCGUGGAAGACCUUUGGUGCAUAAUGCAUCUAGAUUGAAACGGGAUAACCCUGUGAAAACCAGUAGGAGUGUCAGCUUCAAAAGCAAUAAGCCCUCUAGAUUAAAUUUAAAAGGGACCAAUGAAGAUUCCUUUUCAGAAGAUAUGUUGAGUGAUCUGGAAGAUGUCAUGUAUGAGUCAGAUGAUGUGGAAGAGGAGAAUGAUGUAGAACCAGCUAGACUGCGUGAUUAUGAUUACAGGAAUAAUUGUAGUGAGGAUAGCUACCAUCAUGACAGGAACGAGGAGGAAAAACCUGAGGUAGUGAAAGGAAGCCGUAAGGUGGGUGGAAAUGGAGGAAAGUUGAAUAACCCUAGAGAUUUGGAUGAAACUUGGGACAGUGAUUAGUUAUAUUGCAGUGAUGUCUUAUUGUUUGUAAGAUCAUUUGACAUUGGGAAAGAAAAGUAUGCUGAUACAGAGGGUUAGAAUGGAUGAAAGUGUAGGUGUCUCUGUAUUGGCAAAUUAAGUUGUUGGUCAAAAUGUUCAGGGACUGGCUGAGAACAAUGUAGAGGGUUAUCUCAUCAUUGAAAUGGGUAAAUCGCAUUUGCACGAGGAUAUCUCAUCUACAAGAACAGUUUGCUCAUUUUUAGGCAGGUUAAUUAGCAUCGUUAUCUUUAUCUCUUUCGAUUAAAUUUGCCUGCCUCUGCACAUUGGGUUAACAGCAAAAAUCAUUUCCAAAAUGAAGUCUGUACAGAAGAUGAAUACCGUUGCUAUCAACUUUUACAAGUUGUUUGGACGUUCCAGUCCCAAAGAACUCAACGAGAUGAGAAGUUAGGCCUCUGGCUGAGGUUUUCUUUAGUUAUCCCUGUCAUGUACCAUCUCAAUGACGAAGGACAAUCUUUUCCUUCCCCAAUUUUCGACUGCUGCUCUGCCCUUUCUGGCAUGCUAAAUACAGUAUCCUUUAUGCCUUGCAAAAAAAUAAAAAAUAAAAAAAAUACUAGUUUGCUGAUUGACACUGCCUUGGAUUUUGUAAGUUUAUACUUCGUCCAUGUCGAUUUUUAUUUUUAAUACAAAUUACUCUAAAAGUGGAA